ACUCACGGACCAGGCCGUGCUCAGAGAGGACACAGCAGCAUAACUGUUAAAGAAACAGUAACAACUUACGCAACUGGAAUCUUCACCACGUGGUUUGAAAAUAUAAACGAGACAGACUUUCACCGUCAGUAAACUUCCUGGCUAAAGGUUACCGUUCGUUACUUGUGGAAGCUGAAAUAGAGGAAGAGAGAGAGAAGGGCAUUAAUAACUGCAGCACGCAACUACGAGAGACAAGAUAAGGCUGCUGGUGUGGCACUGCGUCACGUGACUGACCACAAUGGCACCACGCACUGCUACCUCCGUCGCGCCUCAGGCGGUCGUUGUGCAUGACCUCGGGGCCCAGAAGAGCAGCGGGAUCGUUACGCCCAUCCACCACAAGAAACACUCGCAUCACGCCAACAUGACAGCGAAACAGGCUCGACAAGCAAUUGUGAGUGCAGCGAGAGACGGCUACCUGAGAAGCGUGCAGCAGCUGUUGCAAAAGACGGGACCAAGUGUACUUCGCGGCAGCACACUGCUGCACGUGGCAGCAGAACACAACCAGGUGUCCGUGGCGCUUUUCAUGAUGCAGUUCAUCAGCCCCAACGCUGUCAACGCGGACGGCAACACGCCGGCUCAUCUGGCGGCCAGGAGGGGCCACACCCAGGUGCUGAGUAUGCUGCUGCGUGACCCCUUCCUGGAUAUCACCAAACGUGACCGCUCUGGCUACACUUUCAAACAAUGGCUUUGUGUGCCGCUGUUUGACGCGGUUCUAAAGUGGGACAAUGUCAAGAUCAAAGAUCUGCUGAGUGUGGGCGCUGACCCUGACCUGGACGCCGGGGGCGUGGUGGGCGGCGCGCUGGUGCGAGAGUUGCAGGUCACCACUGCUCGCCAGCUGGCCCGUGCCCUGGGACGGGAUCAGCAGAUUGCCCCCAUGUUUGGAAAGAUUAGCGCCGCAAAGCCGCCAACGUCGGGAGACUCCGGCAAGGCGGAUCCUUCUGCCACACUGGAAGGCCGCAGCGCCACUCUCUGCCAGCUGCCGAUGGGCUCCCUGAGGCUGCAGGUGGCCCCCUCUGAGGCGGUGGCUGGGGGACAUGACGUGUACCAGACCAACGACUCUUCUCCCGGCUACGUGUGUGUCCUGAACUACGGCGCCUUCCAGGAUCGCCCUGACCUGCACCUUGGCGGUUCCGAAGCUGACGCCCACAACGUGGCCAGCGUGUUCAGCAAGAUGGGCUACACCGGCCACACUCACUUCUCCCUCACUGCUGACCAGACCAGGCAGGAGCUCACGAGGCUGCGGGACAUGCAGGAGGUGCGUCAGGCUGCGUGCCUCGUCUUCGUCAUCUCCAGCCACGGCACGUCUAGGCAACAAUUCCUCACCAGCGACAUGCAACUCCUGCACACUCAGUGGGUGCUCGACCUCUUCAAGGACUCGCAGUGCCCUCACCUGAAGGACAAGCCCAAGGUGUUCCUGUGGGAUCUGUGCCACGGCCAAUACAGAGAGAACCACAUCCAAAGCGACGCAGCUCCUCAACACGGCAGACUAGAUGAGCCGCUGCGGGACGUGGUGUGCGUGCACUCCAGCAGCGGAGGCUUCACCAACUACACCUUCACCAGGGACGGCACGCCCUUCACCAAGGCGUUGUGCCGCACCCUGGCACACCAUGCUCACCACAAGGACUUCGACGAGUUGUACAGGACAUUCCUCGCUGAGUACUGCAAGCUCGCGCCUGGUGUGGUGCCUACCCUUACCAACAUUGGCUUCAGCAAAAGAUUCUUCUUUAACCCAAGACCUGAGGCCAACGCGUGAGCUCACUGGUUGUGCUUCCGCCAUUUACAUAUGUGCUGAUCUGAUACCAAAGAGAGCGUUAAGUAUGCGCGUGAGGUGCAAGACACCGUGGUCACCAGGGAAAGCUGCUGCAGAGACUGUGGAAUCUUAAAAUUAGCUUUGCAGAAUUUUAUAAUGCAGGACAUAUAUUUUGCGUCGAGGCAGUAUCCCAAUUUCUGGAUAUAAAUGUUUGUUGUGUGUUGCACAAAUUGUACGUCUGUGUAUUUUACUAUUAUAGAACUUUGUACUAUGAAUAUACAUGCAGCUAUUGCAUCUAUUGUUGCGAUUUUAUGAAACAUGUGGUUGAAUGCUCACUAAAUACAAAAUGUGAAAGAAAGAAAAAAAAUCUUUAGCUGUUACCGCCAAGCGGGUGAAAGAAGUUGUUGUUGUGCAAGCGAGUCAAUGAGGAAGGAAAGGACCUGGAGGUCAGGGCGAGGACCAAGAUGAGGCCUAAGUCAGCGAACUUCUUGUACGAUCGGUGUUGAGGUAGUGUUGCUCUACGGAGAUGAAGGAUACUUGUUAUGACAUGAGGCUAAGAUGAGGCCGGCCUUAUCGCCGUCGCUAAUGGAUAACGAUGGACAGGGUAGGAACACAGGCAGUAACUGAAGAGUGAGGAUGAUAGAGACACUUUGCUGAGGACACUCGUGCAGGGAGGACGUGUGUCGGUGCAGAGACAGAAGUAGAUAGACCUACCUGGAGCACCUGUCAGAAAGGGCGUGCACGUUACUUAACGAUUACCCCAAGACCCAAACACGUAAGUGUAACAACUGUCUGUGUAAUAGUACAUUAUCCUAUAAGUAACGCGCAGAAUCAUACCUGUAUUACACAAAUUAUUCAUAUAGAAUAUUGUCUAUGAUCAUUAAUGUAUGUCUUCAGGUUUUGACCGAAUUCAAGCGAAUUCAAGCGGAUUCAAUCGGAUUCAAUAAAUGAUUCGUGUCAU